AUGGGUCUCCCAAUCAAACUAGGCGUCCCCAACGUCCCAGAAGACGAACCUACAAAGACACAACCAGCUCAGUCUAGUACCACAGAAACAGUCGGACAGAGCCAGCAACACACGGGCCAAGCUACCGGCGCCGGCGCAAACACGGGAGCCGGCACCACCCGCCCCAAGACGGAAGCCGAGCUCGAGGCCGACCGGCUCUACGAGGAGGCCAUGGAGGAAGAAUACGCCAAGAGAGACGGCGGCUCAUAG